AUGGCUAAUAUGGAUAUUGAUGAGAAUGUACUCAAAUAUGAACAUUUUAUAAAUAAUGUUCUAAAGGAAGACUUAAAGAAAUUAGAGCUACGUUUGCAACUAGUGAAUGGCGAAUUGGCAGAUCUUAUUCAGCAAAAGCACACAUUGAAACUGGUAACGGAUAAGAAAAUGCAUCCUUCAGGGUUUAAAACACAAGUAAACAUAGGCUGUAAUUUUUUUAUGGAAGCAUCUGUCCCAGACACGUCAGUGUUACUCAUGAAUAUAGGCUUAAACCACUAUGUGGAGUUCAGCAUAGAUGAAGCUAAUAGAUAUUUAGAUGUAAGAAUAAAGGCAUUUGAAGAAAAGGCUCGAGAAAUACAACAGAAAGCAGCAGAGACAAAAGCACACAUUAAACUAAUGCUCUUUCACAUUGGGGAAAUACAACAUCAAAAGGAUUCAAAAACAAGUUGA